UAUAAAUGCCUCAAGCAUGUGAUGAAAAUACACAAAACCAUUGUAUACCAACUUUACAAAAUCAUUAACACCUUUCUAAAUUAAAUCAUUAGCACAUUAACACAUGGCUAACUCGAAACUCUGGCUGUGCUUAUUCUUGAUAUGCGUUUCCUUAUCGAUUUCAUCAGCGUCUCGACCACUGCAGCAGCGAUCUCUAUACGUAGAUGGUAUGAAACGAGGGCGUAUGAUGAGAGAAGCAGAGAAAGUGUUGAAAGCGAGUAUGGAGAAGCUAAUGGAAAGAGGUUUUAAUGAGUCUAUGAGACUAAGUCCUGGAGGUCCCGAUCCUCGCCAUCACUAAGUCUUAUACUCUCGUAGUUUUGAAUUCGAGGAUGUAUAUUUUGUUCUUGAUCGAGAAGCGGUUUAGAAGAAAACAUAUCAAUCCUUUUCUCUCUCUCUCUCUCUUUUUUUUUUUGUUUGUUUGUAAGCCUUGUUUGUACGUUCGGCGUAAACAAUAAAUUGAUGUAACUGUUCGUUACGAAUUUUAUGAA